GCCCUGCCAGCCGACGGCAACGGCAGCGAAAUCGGCGUGUUCCACCUGGGCGUCCCGGUCGAGGCGCUUUUCUUUGUGGGCAGCCAGCUCAUCGCCACCAGCCACACGGGCAAGAUCGGCGUCUGGAACGCCGUCACCAAGCACUGGCAGAUCCAGGACGUGGUUCCCAUCAGCAGCUACGACGCGGCCGGGACCUUCCUGCUGCUUGGCUGCCACAACGGCUCCAUCUACUACGUGGAUGUGCAGAAGUUCCCCCUGCGCAUGAAGGACAACGACCUGCUGGUGACGGAGCUGUACCGCGACCCCUCAGAGGACGCUGUCACCGCCCUCAGCGUCUACCUCACCCCCAAGACAAGCGACAGCGGGAACUGGAUCGAGAUCGCCUACGGCACCAGCUCGGGGACGGUGCGGGUGAUCGUGCAGCACCCGGAGACCGUGGGCUCAGGGCCCCAGCUCUUCCAGACCUUCACCGUCCACCGCAGCCCCGUCACCAGGAUCAUGCUGUCCGAGAAGCACCUCAUCUCGG